CGGGCUAAGUCCUAGUGCUUCCCUAGCCAGACGUGCUCCGGACGCAGGCGGGCAGGGAGGACUCCUUUUGGCCAGGUAGCGGAGAUCUCGUUCCCGCCACCACUCUCCUGGGCUGCAGACUGUGCGGUCCCCGCCUCGGGAUCCUCCGGGAACCUCCGGCACUCUCGCUCCUCCACGCGCGGACAUGCGGCCGGCUAAGCCAGGCGCCCCGCUACCCGCGCUCCUCCUUCUGACUCUGGCUUUGUCCCCACACGGUACGCAGGGAAGGCCCCAGGGGCGCCGGGGAGCGCGUGUGGCGGGCGAGGAGCCAAAGACGUUGCUUUUUGUCCCCGCGGCCGGGGCCGGCCCCGCUCCCAGCGCCUCCCGGAGCGCAGAAAUAUUUCCAAGAGAUUUGAACUUAAAAGACAAAUUCAUCAAGCAUUUCACAGGGCCAGUCACAUUUUCAGCAGAAUGUAGCAAACAUUUCCAUCGACUGUAUCACAAUACCAGGGAUUGUUCAACGCCAGCUUAUUAUAAACGAUGUGCUCGGUUAUUAACAAGGUUGGCAGUGAGUCCACUGUGCUCACAGACCUAGAAAACCCUUCUGCAUUUCUUAACAGUGUAAUACUAAUAUGAAGAAAAAAGUGCCUGGAAUCAUUUUAAAUGUAAAAACAGAUGAAAAUUGUAAUUUUAUGGAUAUUUACGUGAGUUAAAUAAGAGACUCUCCAGAGUAACAGAUUAACUACCCUCCAUGUGUAUACUAUAAUUUAUAAUUUUUUAAGAGUUUAAAUCACAUAUUGCAAAUAGAAUAUUUUAAGUUAUGCUAUUCAACUUUAUUUUUGCUAGGCAUAUAAUUUUCUUAUAUGGUUAACAUUCCAUGUUAAACAUUUAAUUAUGUAAAUUAUGUUUCGGAGUACCUGUGAAAAAUGAUGUGUUUUGUGUUUACUCUUAGUAAUAUGUUCGUCAAACCAUCAUGUAUAAAGUCCACUUUUAUAAUUUCUAUUUAAUAUUUAAAUAAUUUUAUUCAGAAUUUAUUGUGUUUAUUUGCAUUAAUUUUAAAUGUGAAUUUUAUUAAAGCCAAAAAUAUGAAAAAAAACCUGUUUUUUUCUUUGAAUGAAAAAUAUUUGUGGCAGAUUAUACUAUUAAAAUAUCACCAAAUAUAAGUGUGUAUAUAUGUAAGUUCAUACACAUAAUUUCAAAAUGUUUUUGUACUAAAAGUUAUUUUUAAUUCCAUUUUUUCCAUGAAUUCUUUGGUGUACCUCACGUUUUCUGAACUGAUAGCUAGAAUCCUGAGACAGCUUCUGUCUUUUGAAGUUAGAGUAUGUGGUAUUACUGUCUUAAAUAAAAGGAAGUCUGGUUGUUGUUGGGCUGGGGAGAUGUUUGUGAAAGAGCAAGAAGAAAGUAUGGAUUGCCUGCAUGCUUUGGUUAGAAAGGUUAGAAUGUAACAAAUUACCUUAUUAUAUUCAGUUAGUUUCAUUCUGAAAAACUUGGGAAGUCAGAAAUCUGUAAUGAAAAACCACUCAUCUUUUCUUUUUUCAAGAUUCAUUUAUUUGUUUGAAAGGCAUAGUUAGAGAGAGAGAGAGAGAGAGAGAGAGAGAGAGAGAGGAGAGAUGGAAAGAUCCUCCAUCUGUUGGCUCACCCCUCAAAUGUUGCAACCACGGGGCUGGGCCAGACUGAAUCCAGGAGCCCCGAGCCUCAACCCUCUUCCCAGUAUCCCACGUGACUGCAUGGGCCCAAACACCUGCACCACCCUCCACUGUCUUCCUAGGUGCACCAGCAGGGAGCUGAAUUAGAAGUGGAACAGGUGGGACUUGAACUGGUGCACAUAUGAGUUGGUAGCAUCAUAGGCAGUGGCCUCAUCUGUGCCACAACACUGGCCCCAACCUCCAUCCUUUUAAGGAGUAGACAAAGCACAAGUUACUUAACUGACUUUUUAUCACUUUGGUUCCAGAUUUAUAUUGGUAUCAUGAAGACAUUUGCAUCUCUGUUGUAUGGAAGCCAUCAUACCAAUUUUAGCAUCUUUGAUCCCUUCCAUAACUGAGUGCAUUGCAGUUAUUGAUGAUUGUAAACAUCCAUUCUCCUUUGUCCAUUAGAAAGCCAAGCUCAAAGAUGCCUGAUGGCUUCAGGAAUUCUAUGAAAUGAUAUUCUAAAUUAUCCUUUUAUUUGUUGUGGCCUAUGGGCCAAGAUCUAGUAAUUAUUUUCAGAAAACCUGAAAGGGGAUUGGCAUUGAAAUUUGGCAAUAAUUCUGUGUAAUAAAGAAUGGGAAGAAUGCUGUAUUUUUAGUUGGUUUUGUUUAUCUUGGUAAUUAUAAUAUUUAUACAUUUAGAAAAAUAUAUUUUAUGCUUAUAACUGUCUAGAGAGCUGAGAGCCUUUUUUUAAAAAAUAAAAGUGAAGAGGUUAUUGAAUAAUGACAAAUAAGAACUUAUGGUGAAAUGCAUUUGGCUAAAAUACUAAAAAUAGACCAAAGGACACUCAUGAUUAGUAUAGUUUCAAUAAAGUAAGUUAUUUCAGAUGCAAUUCUGUGAAAUUAAAUUUUAAACAUUCUCAUAGAUGACUAAUGUGCCUCAAAAUGUAUUCUAUGAUGUAUAUUUCUAUAAAGUCCACAGAAUAAAAGCAUCGUAUUGCAAUAAUGUUUACUACAUGACACUCAUUUGCUCAUUGAACUAAUUUCAACAUAGCGAAGUUGAGGGGAUAAUGAAUCGAAGACUUUCAAUUUGUCCCAACAGAGAACAUUUUCUCACCCAGGGUCGUUGGUGUUUCAAGGUAAACAGGGUGAAACAUUCAGUGGUUCCUUAGCAAAGUAACAUCUGCACACCAGAGAAAAGCUCUCGUCUAAGCAGAAAGGCAGGAGGUUAGCAAUGCUUUCUCCAGGCAGUGAAACUGCAUAACUCCUUACCCUUCCUUUUCACUUUCUAUUGAAUGUUGCAUCUUUUGCCUUGAAAAGCAAGAUGCAUUUCCUAAAGCUAGCCCUUGAGAGCUUCUAGAAGAUAGGAAAUGUGUUUCCAUUUGGGGGCCCUGAUACAUGUUUUUGUCUUAUUGCUUUGUACAUGGUACCAAUUGAUUACUUGAUUGGAAAAUCCAAACCUAUCUAGAGUAGCUUUCCCUCGCAUCUCCUUGCUUAAUUUUUUAAUAUUGUGUAUCAGUCUAUGCGGUAUAAAUUAGUUUCUUAUGUAUUGUUAUGCAUUUGGCCAUAAAGACCUGCCCUCCUGGUCCGGACCUCUUGUCUCAGUACAGAAAGAGUGGAGUCCAACAGGUUGCGAAGCAAAAGCAAGUUCGUUUGUUGUGGAGAAAAGCAGAACAGGCUCCUCUGGGAGACAAGGGACUCCAGAGCUGGGUGUCCCUGAUCAUUCCCCCCUACUCCCUUUCUCCCCUCUUGCACUUGUCUCUCUUAAUUCUCAUCCCCAGUGUUCGUUCUCAGAUUGGGCCUUCCUCUGAUCAUGCACCAGGAAGGCUUGGUGCGAUUGGGUAUGAUUGGGUCCCUUGCCUGGGUGCGAGCACCGUGAAGUGAUUGUGAUUUGCCUUUCCAACGUUCCUGUGCUACCACGCUGACUCUGUCUAAUGCAGCCUUGUAGUUGGGUCAGUCGGUUUUCCUCAGCCUGCCAGCUCUUCUAGCCCUGCCUGGAUUCCCCUUUCCCUGCAUAUUCCUCCACAGUAAAUAAGGUGUACCAGACAGAAUGUCUUCCGAAGGAUUUCUAGCUGCUAGAACUGUGUCUGGCUCAUACUACUAUAAAAAGUAAACAGUAAGAGUCACUUGAGGUAGUUUCAUCAUUGCACCAAACUCACAGGGUGGACUUGCAAAAACUGAAAUGGCUACACUAGGGUGGCAUUGUGGCACCAUGGGUUUGUGAUCCCUCAUCCCAUAUUGGAGUGCUGGCUCAAGUCCCAGCUGCUUUGCUUCUGAUUCGGUUCCCAGCAAACACAUCUGGGAAGGAGAUAGAACAUGGAAUGUGAUAGGGGCUUCCUGAGAUAAAGAAGCAGGACCUGUCCUGGGAAAAGAACCUGGCAGUAUCAACUUGCUUGUGACAGCUUCAACAUCUGCCUGUCAGCACAGUGCUGUAGUGUUAGCCAGUUCAGGUAUAGUUUGCUAUAUAUGGGGGGAAGCUCUAGAUGUAAGGGAAACUGCUUAACAUUAUCAAUGAUAAUGUGGCUUAGCAUGUUCAGCUGUUGCCUGUAGUUCCAGCAUCCAUAAGGGCGCUGGUUCAUGUCAUGGCUGCUCCACUUAAGAUCCAGCUCCCUGCUAAUGCACCUGGGAAUGCAGUAGAGGAGGGCUUGGGCCCCUGCACCCAGGUUGGGGACCUAGAAGAAGCUUCUAGCUCCUGGCUUCAGACUGGCCCAGCUACUGCCAUUGUGGUCAUUCAGGGAGUAAACCAGUGAAUGGAAGAUCUUGCUCUCUGUAACUGUUCCUUUCAAAUAAAUAAAAUGAAUCUUUUAAAAAAUUUAAAACAUCAGUAACUAUGUAUACAUACAGGACCUUUUAGCAAUCCCUAUAGCUGUCAUGUAGCAUUAAAGCAUCCACUUGGAAUGUAUGCAGCCAUAUAAGGGAGACAAAGGAGCUAAAAGGUAUAUAAGGAAAUGCCUCUCUGUGUUUGGGGCACAGUCUUCUGGGAGUGAAUCCACUGGCCUCAUGCCAGCAUGGACAAAGCUGCUUCUUGCUAAAAGCCUAAGUGUCUUGUCUUUCUGAUCUAAAAGCUUCCUGCUAUAGGACCAAAUGCUUGGGUCUCUACCAUCCAUGUGGGAGACCUGGAUCUCCUGGCUUCAGCCUGGCCCAAACCUGGCUGUGGCAGCCUUUUGGGAAAUGAACCAGCAGAUGGAAGAUUCUCUCUCACUCCUUUCCCAUUUCUCCUUUCUCUCCCUCUCCCUACUUCCUGUCUCUCUCCCUCCCCAUCUCCCUCCCUCCCUCCCUCCCUCCCUGUGUCACUCAAAUACAUACAUACACACAAGUUUUAAAAAUUGCAACAAUAUCACUGAACAGUAAAAUCUUACAGUACCAGCCCCAUUUAUGCUGUCCACAGUUGGACUGAAAUGUCAUCAUGCUGUGCAUGACUGUAUCACAUAAGCCAAUGAAUGAGAUAAAGAACACAUUGUAACUCACAAUAAAAGCAGAGUAUUUAGGGAUCACUAUUGAGAAAUUGUUCAGUUACUCACCAAAACUCUUCUAUGUUUUAUGUGAAUCCACUGUGUUCAUUCAUCAGGAUAAGCUGUCUGCUUCAUUCCUUCCCUGCAAGCAUUUCCGUUUACCCAGUCACAGAUAUUGAAACUGCUAGAGCCAUUUAACCUUAGAGGCGGAAAUACAAAUGCCUAUAAGCCCAGUGAUUAACACAAAGGAUUAGACUGAGCUGCAGCUCCCACAGCGUGUAGGUGGGGACAGGUGUCAGCCCUGGCUCAACUGCAGGUUACAAGUCUGGCUUCUCUGGGAGAUUUGGAAUCUGUGUAUAUGGGAAAUAUCUCAGUUUCCUUGUCAUUUCAUUGGAAAAAUGUUAGUAUGAGUAUACCAUGCCAAUCCAAUAGAAAACUUCAGCCCUGUUUGAGUCAUAAACUGCCAUCAUUUGACAUCUGAUGGGUAUUUUAACUUGGGGAUUUUUGUAGCUUGGUUUCCUGUCAUCUCCUUUGAAGAACAGGAUCCCUCUUCUGUCAGGUUCCUAUGGCAGUUUGGAGAUGGGUUGGUAUUUUUGCCUAGGCUUUGACCUUACAGACCCCUAAAGUCUUGCUCUGGAAAUUCCUCCUGGGCACCAUCUGUGCUUACGGUCGUGGGCAAGGGAAACCCCAUCUUUCCACCUUUCACAGGACAUGGAGUUGCCCCUUGAUUUCGCAGGUUUUACUAGUAGUGAGUGGAGAGGUCCAUGAAGAGGGGCAGAGAUGGGAGAGAGAGGAAGGGAGAGCAUGAGGUACAGAGACUAUUUGCCUAUCUGCCUCAAGUCUAUCAAGCACAUCCUAGGGGCUUGGUAUAAAAGAUAUAUAUUUGAGGGAGUGGUCAGUUAUAAAUACUGGGAAAAAUCUUUCUUGUGACCCUUUUUCUCAACUUAGUUGAGGAGCUAUUUUUUUUUCCCAAACAAUUAAAACUAUGCUUGGGGGCAGGCAUUUGCUAUAGUUAGUUAAGCAGCUGGGUGGAAAGACUUCAUCUCGUAUCAGACUACUUGGGUUCAAAUCCCUGCUCUGUUCCUGAUUCCAGCUUCCUGCUAAUGUUAACACUAUGAGGUAGUGAUGACUCAAGUAACUGGGUCCUGCUGCCCAUGUAGGUGAUGCUUGAGCUGAGUUCCAGGCUUCUGCCUUCAGCAUGGCUCAGCCCUGGCUAAGAUUGGCAUUUGGGGAGCCACAUGGAAUCAUUCUCUCUCUCCCUCUCAAAGAAAAUAAUUGUAGUCGGGAGGUGUUGCGGUUGAUUUUUUCUGAGAUGAUUCGUUCUUAGAGGAUUCGUUCUGAGAGGAGCGUGGUAGGGGCAAGAGGCACGGAGUCACCACACAGACCCCGGGAGUCAGGUGAAAGCAGGCCAGAGGUGAGCAGCCUGCAGACUCGUUUAUUUCAGUUGCUACAGCUGCUUAUAUAGCCAAGGCAGCCAAUCCAGUCAAGGGGUGGUCUAUGCCUUAACCAAUCACAGUCUGUUGCCAGGCAGUUUCCAAAGCCAUCCAAUCACAGCCUGUUGCCAGUCAGGCUUUACUGCCAGGCAGUUUCUGAAACCAUCCAAGCAUAGCCUAUUGUUAGUCAGGCUUUGUUGUCAUGUGGUUUCCGAAGUCAUCCAAUUAUAGCCUGUUGCCAGUUUCUGUUGUCAGUGGCCAUCUUGGCAUGAUCUUCUCACCUCAGCGGCCAUCUUGGCAUGACCUUCUCACCUCAGCAGCCAUCUUGGCAUGACCUGCUCACCUCAGCAGCCAUCUUGGCAUGACCUUUUCACCUUCUCAUUCCACCACAGGGAGGUCACAUAAAGAUUGUUGGAGGAUUAAAUUUCAACAAUGCAGCCAAUCUCUUUAAAUAUGAGAUUGUAUCCAUGCAGGUUUCUCCAGUUCUGCUACAAAGCAAAAGCAAAAAUCAAAGGAAAACAAAUGAAAGAAACUCGUGAGUCUUGUAGUCAUGAUUAGCAGCUGCACACACAUCAGAGAGCCAGUGUCUACUGGUACAUUCACUAAAUGACAAGGUCAAAUUCAGAGACACUAACUGAUUUUUUGUAAAGCAGCCUCAUCCAACCAAUGCCACAUGAUAGAACUUCAGCCUUAGGCUCCAAUCUCAGGAAAAACAUGCUUUUGAUAUUUUUGUGCUAUGGUGUUACAGAAGCAUAGAAAGAGAGAUGGGGAUCAGAAAGCAAAGUGAAUUUAUAUGAGGACGAUUAGGGAUGAAAGUAGAUGAUUAUGAAGAAGCCUUUAGGGUCUAGAGGCGCUGUCUACGCAGGCCAGUACUGUGCCUGCAGCUGGCCCUGAUCCCCUCUGAAACUUAACGGAACACAGACACACACACACAGACACACACACACACAAGCAAAUGUGAGAGUACCUCAAAAAGUUUGCAAAAAAUACAAUUAAAAGAUAAGUUUAUUUGGAUGCAAAAAUCUUUGAAAUUUAUGAAUAAGUUUUUCAUUUUACACAUUUUCCUGGAACUUUCUGAAGACUAUAUGUGUGUGCAUGGGUUUCAAAAUUUUUGCACCCAAAGAAUCUUUUAUUUAAAAAAUAUUUUAAAAAUGUGUUGGAGAGGGGGCUGGCACUGUGGCAUAACAGGUGAAGCUGCCACUUUAGUGCUGGCAUCCCAUAUGGGUGCCAGUUUGACUUCUGAUUCAGCUCUCUGGUAUGCCCUGGGAAAGCAAUAGAAGAUGGACCAUGUUCUUGGGCCUCUGUACCCACAUGGGAGACCUGGAAGAAGCUCCUGGCUCCUGACUUCAAAUCAGCUCAGUUCUGGCCACUGUGGCCAUCUGGGGACUGAACCAUAGGGUGGAAGACCUCUCUCUCCCUCUCCCUCUCCUUCUCCCUCUCCCUCUCCCUCUCCCUCUGUCUCUGCCUCUCCCUCUCUGUAGCUCUGCCUUUCAAAUAAAUAAAUAAAUCAUUAAAAAAUGUAUUGGAGAGAUAGAGAAAGAUACUUCAUCCACUGUUUCACUUCUGCUUCACAAAUGCCUAUAACAGCCCAGGCUGGACCAAGCCAAAGAUAAGAGCCCUGAACUGGAUUUUGAGUGUAAAUCAUGUGUAUGAAGCUGAAAUGGUCCAAGAGAGAUGAGAGUGAAGACAGAGUCAGGGCAGUGUAAGAUCCCAGGAGCUUUUGCUAAGACUUUUGGUCCCCUUUAAAUACUAAUGAGAAAAGUGCCUAUCAGGAGAGCAGAUUUCUGAGAGGUCAAGAGAUGAGUUCUAGAACAAAGACAGAAGAACUAGAGAACAUUAUAGUGUUUAAAUAAAUCAAAACAGGUCGGUGCUGUGGCUCACUUGGCUAAUCCUCCGUCUGCGGCUCCAGUACCCCGGGUUCUAGUCCCAGCUGGGGUGCUGGAUUCUGUCCCAGUUGCUCCUCUUUCAGUCCAGCUCCCUGCUGUGGCCCAGGAAGGCAGUGGAGGAUGACCCAAGUGCUUGAGGCCUGCACCCGCAUCGGAGACCAGGAGAAGCACCUGGCUCCUGGCUUUGGAUCGGCACAGUGCAAAGGCCGUGGCGGCCAUUUGGCGGGUGAACCAAUGGAAGGAAGACUUCUCUCUGUCUCUUUCUCUCACUGUCUAACUCUGCCUGUCAAAAAUAAAUAAAUAAAUAAAUCAAAACAUCAAGGGGUUGGUGCUGUGGAAUAGUAGGCUGGCACUCCACCUGCAGAGCUGGCAUACCAUAUGGGUGCUUGUUUGAAUCCUGGCCACUCUUCUGAUCCAGCUCUACUAUGGCCUAGGAAAGCAAUAGAAGACCCCAUGUGCUUGGCCCUUGCACAUGCCUGAGAGACCUGGAAGAAACUCCUGGCUUCUGGCUUCAGAUCCACCCAGCUCUGGCUGUUGCAGUCAUUUGGGGAGUGAACCAGCUGAUUGAAGACCUUUCUCUAUGUCUUUCCUUUUCUGCCUGUAACUCUGCCUCUCAAAUAAAUAAAUAAAUCUUUAAAAAAAUGAGAACAUUAACACAUUCGUUAUAUGAAAGUUCUUGUGUAAUUUUUUGAAUAAAUGAUUAUCAGGUGUAUGACCUGGGGUGAAAUGUCGAAUCUCUUUCUCUCUGUUUUCUCAUCUCUAUGAGGAUAAAAUGCCAACUUCAUAAAGAAACAGAUCAGUUAGUAUCAAAGUGCUCAGAAGAGUGCCUUGGAUAAAAUAAGUACCACGAAAUGUUAAAUAAGUGCAGUAGCAUUCCUGAUGCCUAGUAUGCACUACACCUGCCAGUAUGGACUCAGGGAGCCUUGUUGCUAAAAUACUGUAGUGAUCUGACUAGUGCUUGGCCUGGGUUUGCCAGCUCCCCAGGACUCUACUGUGAACACAGAUGUUUCUACCACUUCCGCCAGACAGUGCAGACAAAGUGAUGGGGUAGGAAGCAGCAGCACUCAACAUAAGUAAGUUGGUUCAUAACUGUUGUAGUCUUCUUACAAAAUCUUUGUGUUACUUACCUGUUCAGAACUGAAGGAUGCUCUUUGUCACUCUGCCUCUCAAAUAACAAUAAGAGGAAUGGGUGCUGAGCCUGGUGGUUGAGAUGCCCACAUCCGACAUCAAAGUACCUGAGCUUGAUUGUCUGCUGCGGCUCCUGACUCCAGCUUCCUGCUUAUGUAGAUCUGGUAGAUAGGAUGAUGGCUCAAGUAGUUGGGUGUUUGGCACUCACAUGGGACACCUGGACUGAGUUCCUAGCUCAAUUCCAGAUGUUGUAGGCAUCUGGGGGAGUAAAGCAGUGGAUGGGAGUAUCCUCUUUCCCUUUGUCUGUCCUUCCAGUAUUCUGUUUUUCUGCUUCUAUAAUAUCAUAAUAAAAAAAGACUGACAGAUGAACUACAUUUGAUUAUUAUUGCUGUUUUUCCCCAAUGAGGCAUUUUAUUUGUAUGUAUAUAUUAUAUCUUUACAAAGAGAAUCCCAAUAUUUUCCCUCCUGUGCGUUUUUGUUUUACUUCUUUGUGGUCCAUUAGACUGUCUGAGGUUGUCAGUACAACAAAACCACACUGAUGGGAUUGGAGCAGAUCAUUCUGGCAUUUUUUUUAAGAUAUUUUAUUUGCACAUCAUGUCUGAGGUUACUAACUCCACACUUGUUUAACUUGCCUUUGAAGUUGAAGAGAAUUUCCCCAACUCUGUGAUCAUCAAUGAUUUGAAGCUUUCCAGUGUAACUAUGUCUUAUCAUAGUUAGCAACUGGAGGAUGACUUUGGAGCAGAGCUUGGUGAAAGUUCUUGGUGGUAGGAUCUGACAAUGACUCAGACUGGAUCGAAAGCCUCCAGGGAAAACAGAAGAAACCAAGCUGCAGUAUCAUCCUGGCUAAGAAAAUCAUCCAGAUGUUGCACCUAUAUGUUUGCUAAUGCUGCCUUAACACAAACCAUGAACUGAGUGGCUUACAUGGCAGAAAUUUGUUUUCUCACAACUCUGGAAGCUGGAAGUCCUAGAUCAAACUGUCGCAGGGUUGGUGUCCCCUUGAGGUCUCUACUUGGCUUACAGAUGGCUGUCUUCUCCCUGUGUCUUGACAUGGCCUUGCCUCUGUGCGUGUGCAGUCUUGGUUUCUCUUUUUCUGUGUCCAAAUUUCUUCUCCUUUGAAGGACACCAGUCAGAUCGGAUUAAUGCCCACUCUAAUGGCCUCAUUAACUUAAUCACCUCUUUAUCUCCAAGUACAGUCACAUUCUAAGGCAGGUCCUAGUGGUAAGGGCUUCAACAUAUGAAUUUUGGGGGGACAUAAUUUAGGCUAUUACAUUGUCUGUGCCCUGGACUAGAAGCUGUGGUUGGCACUGUUCCCAGAAACUAUGCUUUCUGGCAACUGAACCUUUUGCCAGCACCACUUUCUCACACCCCAACACAGAAACCCAUUGUGAUGGGUCCAGCCAAAGGAAUGGCUGUGCUUAGUUUUGUUCCUGUUUGCCCCUAUCCCAAUCAUCCUCACCUGAUGAAUCCAUUGAUAGAACCAAGUUCACACGAGUGAGAGUUCUGGUUCGUAGGCAGGGAAGAUGACAUUCAAAGUGUUGGGAGGUGCCCAAAUAUAGAAGGCUCUUCAGAAUGUAAUAAGCACUCUAGAGCCACAACACACGAACACAUGCUGCCAAAAUACAGUGCAAGACUGCAGAGGCUCUCUCACAACAGCCAAAAGGUGCAACAACUCCUUACAUAAGGAAAAAUACUGCACCAUCUCACUUACAUGAGAUACUUAGAACAGUCAAAUGCAUAGAAACAUAGAGUUACUAUGAAAACGUCUGCAAUGGUGGUUGCCAGGGGCUGCAGGUUGGGGAAAAAGGGAGUUAUUUAAUGGAUAGAGUUUCACUUUGGGGGUGAUUAAAAGUUUUGGCAAUUGACUGGGCUUUUGGUAUAGAGGUUAAGCCCUUAUUUGUGAGGUUUGUAUCCCAUAUCACAGCACUUGAGUUGAGUCCCAGCUCUGCUCCAGAUCCCAACUGCCUGCUGAUGCACACCCUAGGAGGUGGCAAGUGAUGUUCAAGUACCUGAGUAUCUGCUACCCAGAUUGAAUUCCUAAUUUCUGGCUUUAACCAUGGAUGUCCUCUCUCUCUCUCUCUCUCUCUCUCUCUCUCUCUCUCUCUCCAUCUCUCAAGUAAACAAAAAGAAAAAAAAAGAUCUGGAAGUAGAUGGUAGUGAUGGUUGCAUAACAUUGUGAAUGUAAUUAAUGCCACUGAAUUGUAUUCUUUAAAUAUGGUUAAAAUGGCAAACAUUAUGUUAUGUAUAUUUUACCACAAUAAAAACAAGAGCAGAACACAAAAAUAACCUCCUCCCCCUUCAAACAACCAAACCAAAGAACCAGAGGAGUCGAAGGGGAAAGGCUUGAAGGUGCAGGCCCAGCCAAUGGGGGCCAUGGCCCACAGCCCUGUGACCUGAAGCUGAGGAGGUGAAACGGUCUCGGUGUUUGCUCUGCCUUUCUGGCCCCUGAAUGUCUUCCAGUUAUUCAGCUACCUCUGCUGUCCAUUCUGGCAUCCAGAGAGGGUAGGGAUCAGGAUUGCAUUUAGCUUCAAGUUGCACAAAACCUGGAAUUCAAAAAGUACUCGAAGAUACCACAAAACCCACAAAUGUCCUGAACAGGUGUACAGUUUGUGUUAGGUCUAUUUUCAGAGAGGCAGAGCCCAAGUCAGCGGUUUUGGAGUUAAGUGGCCAAUUGUGGGAGAGCUUCUAGAAAUCUGCAAGGGACUGAGGAGAGUGGGAAGAGUCUGGGCAAGAACAGAGGUAGGGGGGCUGGCACUGUGGUGUAGUGAGUAAAGCCGCUGCCUGCAGUGCCAGCAUCCCUUAUGGAUGCCGGUUGGAGACCUAGCUGCUCCACUUCUGAUCCAGCUCUUUGCUAUGGCCUGGGAAAGCAGUAGAAGAUGGCACAAGUCCUUGGGCCCCUGCACCUGCAUGGGAGACCCAGAAGAAACUCCUGGCUCCUGGCUUCGGAUCUGCGCAGCUCCAGCAGUUGCGGCCAACUGGGGAGUGAACCAGUGGAUGGAAGACCUCUCUCUCUCUCUCUCUCUCUCUCUCUCUCUGCCUCUCCUCUCUCUGUGUAACUCUGACUUUCAAAUAAAUAAAUAAAUAAAUCUUUAAAAAGAGGAACAGAGGUCAGCCUGGCCCAUGGGGUUCCAGGGUAUGAACAGUGCCACAGAGGGACUCUGUCAAUUCCUGCAUGUGACAGUCUUUAGCUUUCAGCAUCUCCAGAGCUGAGGACACCCAAGGCCUCUGUGAGCAGCUGGCAGGCAACACUCUCAGUGGCUGGGGACCAGACAGCCUGGACUGACAGAGCGGACCUGUGUGCCAUGUCCACUGCCCACCACACAGCAUGCUGAUCUCAUGCACUAAGCUCAUGUCCAGAGCUAGGAAAGAGAAUUCAGUCUUUCUCUAUGGUUUAGGCUUCUCCACUCUUAGCACAUGGAUCCUCAUCUGAGGGUGAAACCAGGAUACUCCCAAGGUCCCAAGUUUACAUUCCUGGGAGAAUGAAGGUGAAAAGGAUGAGGGGGCUGGAAAGCAAAGUGCCAGGGAAGGCAGCAAGAACGGUCACUGUUCAAUAAUAGUGCAUGUGUUGCUGUUACUGGAGGGUGGAUCAUGAAUGUUCUCAUUUCGGGAGACGUCAAGUGCUUCAGGAGAUGGAUGGGUUGGUUGGCCUGCUUUGGACAUUCCCCAUUGUAUUUAAAUCAUAACAUCAGUUUGUAUGACCUAUGUUUGUACAGCUACACACAGGCUCCUGGACUCACGAUGGUGCCCACCCCCCAGAAUCCAUGGUAAGUUAAAAAUACUGUUAAGUCAAAAAUGUCUGACUCCACCUAGCCCACCGCACAGCCCAGCCCAGCAGCUCUGCCCGCCACAGAGCACGGGUUCUUCCUCUGGUGGCUGGAGGGCCGUCAGGGAGCUGCACUCACGCCCAUUGCCUGGCAUUGCCAGAGAGGACUGGACAGCACAGUGCUAGCCAAGGAGAAGCACCAAAUCCAAAAUCUGAAGUCCAGUUUCUAUUGCAUGCCCACGACUUUUACAUCAUUGUAAACUUAAACAAAAUCAUAUAUAUCACACUGUUAGCAGCUGGGAAAGCCUGCAAUUUGCUAA